AUGGAUAGUACUGGAAAUGAUGCGAUGAAAGCGGCUGACGCAGAAACUAAUAAGAUGGGUUUUUUAAGUUGUAGCAGUUAUGUGAUUGGUAAUAUUAUUGGUGCCGGUAUCUUUAUAACACCCGUUUCGAUUGUUAAUGAAGUUGGCUCGGUUGGUUUAUCGUUGAUUAUUUGGAUAAUAUCUGGAUUGAUCGCACUGAUUGGUUCUAUUGUAUUCAUCGAACUUGGGACUAGUAUAGUUGAACCAGGUUGUGAUUUCGCAUACGUAUGCUACGUGAAAUGGAAUGCGAUUGCUUUCGCAUUCAUGUGGGUCGGUGUUUUCAUCACCUUUCCAGCAUCCAUCGCCGUUCAAGCACAGACUUUCGGCAGGUAUAUCGUCGAGGGAAUCGCACCGUUCGUUAAUGUCACUGAACCAUACGACGUGGUUUGUAGCACUGCACUUGCGUUCAUCUUGCUAGCAUUGAUUGUUUGGAUUAAUUUUCAAUCAUUGGAAGAAUUCGCUGCUAAAUUUCAAAUAAUUGUGACUAUUGCAAAACUUGGCUCAAUGGCACUCGUAAUCUGCGCUGGUUUCUAUUUGUUGAUAGUUGAAGGUAAAACAUCGAAUUUGCAAAAUCCUUUCCAAAAUACCAAUUGGAGUGUCGGUAAUAUCGUUUUUGGUCUAUAUGCUGGAGCAUGGUCAUAUGCUGGUUGGGAUGUUCUUAAUUAUGGCACGCCUGAAAUUCGUAAGCCUGAGAAAACAAUGCCUCUAUCUUUGAUAGUUGGUAUAGCGGUAGUUUCGUUGGUUUAUACUCUUACGAACGUUUCAUAUUUCGUUGUUCUCAGUGUGGAUGAAGUGAAAAAUACAACGGCUAUUGCAGCGACGUUCAGUCAACGUGCCCUAGGUAAUUUCUCUUACAUUGUCCCGUUCAUGGUGGCCAUUUUGAUAUGUGGAACGCUCAACAGUAAUAUAUUCUGCGGUAGUCGGUUGGCCUACACUUUACUACUUCUUCUGAUUGUUGUCUUUUGUAUGUAUGCGGCGGCCCGUGAAGGCCAUUUACCAGCUUUUUUGAGUUGUAUAAACCAUGAAAAUGGAAGUCCUCGAGCAGCAUUGCUCGCUCAGGCGAUAAUAACGGCUGCAAUGAUGUUCGCUGACAGCGAUAAACUGAUCGAGUACGUUUCGUUUGUGAUGUUCUUUCAACGUAUCGUUACGAUGAUAGCACUCUUGUGGAUACGAUAUAAAAAGAUCGCCGUUCAUCCUGGAGCAAUACGAGUACCAAUUAUAUUGACGUGGCUAUUUUUGUUAAUAAGUGUUGCACUCGUUGCGAUUCCAUUGGUGACAAAUUUUGUGACAACAUUUGUUGGUAUAUUGAUCGUGAUUGCUGGUGUUAUAUUCUAUACGACCGUUCUGAAACGCGAUUCGAUUCCGUCAAAAGUGGAAAAAAUCAGUGGUAAGCUUAUAGCAACUCAUUUUUAA